AUGAGUAGAAGAUAUAUUCAAGCAGGCGCGCCAGUUCGGACGGAUGUAGCGCCUCAGCAAAAUGUCUAUGCAGCUCAGCAACCUACAACCUACCAGCAACCGCCAGUUAACACGAUUCCGAAAGUUGAACAAAUUAUACCAUGGGUAAAUCCACUAAUAAUGAAUCCACCUCCGCCACCAAAUCAGCCUGAAAGGCCACCAUACUUCAGAACGACAGUAAAUAUGUUUCCAGGCAAUAAACAAGUUUUAG